GAAUAGAUAUGAACGCGUAUUGGAAAAGUGCAAUAUGGAUUACAAGUUUGAUACUCUUAGUUGAAGUACCGACUGUCAACUCACAAUGUGAAGAAGGGAAGCCGAAUGUUUACUCAGCGGGAUCGGGAUCGAUUAGCUCGCCCAACUACCCAACUCCUUACUCAGCAAACCAGACUUGCGUUUGGCAAUUUCUAGAGCCUCUGGAUAGUGAUUUUAUGAUUGUUUUCGAAAUUGUGGACAUUCAUUUGUUUCAAGGAGGAGGAGGCAUUUUUGAUCCCAAAACUUGUACUGCAAGUCUUCAAAUCCAAAAAGAUACCGUCAACUGCGAAUCAGGAGCUCCUUCUUGCUCUACUUAUCGAAGUAGUGGUUUAUGUUCAACAAAACACAACGCUGACUUUUCAAGCUGUCAAAACAAGGUCAAACUUAACUCGCCAUUAGAGGUUAUAUUUACUUCCGAUGGGGAUAUUGGAGAUGGAACCGCAACUGGGUUCAAUAUGACGUUUCUUUACGUCGACUGUAUUACAGAACGCAUGGAAUACCUGUCUGGCUCUGGAAACAUUAGUUCACCUAACUAUCCUGGCCCUUAUCCUCCGAGUCAAACUUACAUUUGGGAUUUCCACAAACCCGAAAACGGAGAAAUUGUAUUGCUUUUCAAUAUCACGGACAUUCGACUAUUUUAUGGGAGUCUGUUCAAUAAUAAAGUGUGCACGGGAAAACUAACAAUGCAAGGCGAUGAGGUGAACUGCGAAUCUGAGACUCCAAGCUGCUAUUCUUAUCGUAGUUCUUCAGUCUCAAGUUUGGUUCACAGUAACAUGCAUCCAGACUGCACGCUUGGAGUCAUAGGAGGUUCGCCCCUACAAGUUACAUUUCAAACGGAAGCAAAUGUUGAUGGCGAAGAAAAAGGAUUUUUUAUGCUUUAUAACUUCAUUAACAUCGAUACAUCAGAGUCUACUACGAUGCAAGUUGAUGUAACAACAAAACAAACAACUCGUUACGAAACAGUCACGAGUGACAGCCCGACAUCAACUAUUUUAGACUCGACCACGCAGCAGACAGAAGUGUUUAUCGAAUCAACAACAAUUUCUUACGAAACGGACAGUUAUCAGACGACGCCACAUGGAAUAGCAUCAACCGCAAAAGUCCCAAUCGGACAAAGUGACGGAAACACGAUAAUGGUCGUGGGACUGGCUGUGCUUUUUGCAGUUUUGAUUGGCAUCGGACUUGCUGUUCUCAUCAUUAUGCUCCGUAAAAGAUCUCAACCUCGUCGUGGAGAAGAUAUAUUUCCAACUAGACACCGAGGCACACCAUCGGCACGCCCUCUUCAUACCGAACCACCGCCUGAUUACGACGUACUUUAUCAACCACAUCAGUAUGAACAAUCUAAUACGUACGAAUCUCUUCACUCAAAUGGUAAUGUAACAGAUACUAUAUAUUGCGAGGUGGCUCCCCUAGAUGGUCAACCAAAAAUCACAAAUAACAAUCAGCCAUGCCCAGAGUACGAUAACUUAUUCAUCUAUCGAAAUCAGCAAACAAAUAACAGACAGUCAUCCACAAAGAGGGACAACAACCAAUCAGAGUACGAAAAUGUUUCUGAAUUCCAUACUGAACCAACCACCGAUGUAGACGCGAGCCAAUCAAAUGGCGUUUAUCCAAAUAACAACCAAUCAGAUGACGGCAACGAGUCGUUAUCAUUUAAUCAACAACAGACUACAAGUGACUGUGAGCCAAAUAUAUACGAUACAGUCUACGAAUCCAGUGAAUCUAUUGGUCUCGAAAAUAACGAAAAUGGCGAACUUCCAAGGCCACUGGAGGGCGUAGACACUCCUACUUUGACAAUAGAACCUUCUGAUAAAGAUUCCUCCUGCUCACAACAGAGCCAGCGCGCCCUUGCAGUUUCUUACGCCAAAGUAGUGCCUAAAAGCGAGCGGCGUAAGAUUGUAUAAAGGGACUAAAGUCUUUGGGCAUAGGGUAUAUUCACUGACAGCUAACAGUAACAGUCCUCGAACUCGUAACAGAACUAAAAUAUUCCCAGUUAAAUGGAAAGCUUAAGCAAAAUCGGAACAAAUUAUGGUCUAAC